AAGGCUGACCCUGGCGUCCCCUGGUCAGUAGCCCUUUUGUGUAAGUGCCUGGCAGGGGCGACUCCGGGGCUGCUCCCGGCCGCCCGGGUCCUCCCCUCGGGCUCUGUCAGAGGAAGGGGACACCACUCUGCAGGGGCUCUCUGUCCCCAGUCACAGUGCAGAUGGCAAGCGCAUGGAGCUCCCCUCCACCCAGCCUUCCCUCCCUCCUCCUCCUCCUCCUCCAGCUGUCCUUCAGCUACGCAGGACAGUUCAGGGUCAUAGGACCCGGCCACCCCAUCCGGGCUCUGGUGGGGGAUGAAGCAGAGCUGCCGUGCCGCAUGCACCCGGGGAAGAACGCCACGGGCAUGGAGGUGGGGUGGUACCGGCCCCCCUUCUCCAGGGUGGUCCAUCUCUAUCGCAACGGCCGGGAUCAGGAUGCGGAGCAGGCCCCCGAGUACCGGGGGCGGACGGAGCUGCUGAAGGACAACAUGGGCGAGGGCAAGGUGACCCUCAGGAUCCGGAAGGUCAGGUUCUCAGAUGAAGGAGGCUUCACCUGCUUCUUCCGGGACCAUUCCUACCAGGAGGAGGCCGCGAUGGAGCUCAAAGUGGAGGAUCCCUUCUACUGGAUCAACCCCGGGGUGCUGGUCCUGAUGGCUGUCCUCCCCGUGCUCCUCCUGCAGAUCUCGCUGGGCCUCGUCUACCUCUGCCUGCAGCACAGACUGAGAGGAAAACUUCGGGCAGAGAUAGAGAAUCUCCACCGGACUUUCGACCCGCACUUCCUGAGGGUGCCCUGCUGGAAGAUCACCCUGUUCACGCUGGUGCCGGUGCUCGGACCCCUGCUUGCCCUGGUCAUCUGCUACAACUGGCUGCAUCGGAGACUGGCAGGGCAAUUUCUUGAAGAGCUAAGUAAGUUUUCUUCCUUUCUUCCUUUUGUAAGCUGAGAACCAAAGGCCAGGAAGGCAGAAAAAGCAAGUGGGGGCAGCUGAGCGACCCCAAGGGGGAAGAAGGGGCCUCUCCCACGCACUGCCCAAUUCCCACACUGUCCAGCAGCCACCUGGCACCUCACCUCCAAGACCAACCAUGGAGGAGAGAGGCUUCGCCAGGGCUUUCCCUGUCCUCAGGUUUAAUGGGUUGGUGAUCGUAACCACUGACAGAUUUUCAAGUCACUGUCUCCUCUUUCCAGGAAACCCCUUCUGAGCUGGACUGGCCCAUGGACCGGCCCUCAGGAUGAGGAUCCCCCAUGUUGAACACUCAUUGGCCUCCUCGCUACAGGGACUUUCCAAUCUGCGUUUCCAGGAAUGCUCGGAGUUGCCAAUGGGAUUGCGUUUCCUUCUGUCGUGGCCUUUCUGUCCCCUCGUCUCUCCUGUCCUGUCUUCCGUCUGGAAGCCCCCUCUGGCCACAGCCAGGCGGGCGCUCCUCUCCCCGAUGAGGUCACCUGAGCUGGACAGCGACACAGGCAGCAGGCUCUCAGCCUCGGACUGUGACCAGGACCCCCCUGUUGCACAUUCCAGUGCUCUAACCUCGAAAAUGGUGGUUGUUUCUUCCAAGAUGCCAGUCCUGAGGGGCAGGGCAGAGAGGUGGAGGGCUGCGGGAAGGGGCAGGAAGGGCCCAAACCACGAGAGCUGAGUGAGCGAGCUGCUGGAGACCCUGAGGAGCCCGGACGUGGCCCGCAGCCCCCUUUCCUCCCGUCCAUCAGAGCCUCCACUGUUUUCUGCAACAAUUACUACUUGAUGGUCUGUCAGACACAAAGAAACAAGCAGGUGCUAAGUAAUGAUAAUACAGGUUUCCGUGAACCACU